GUUUUGCAUGCUCUCCAGCAGAUGUGAUGUGUUCACUUUCAAAGUCACUCACUUUUAAAGCACACAUGCUAUUAAAAGAUACUAAUUUUCCCUUUUCUUCUCACUUCACCUUCAGGAGUGGAUCGAGAUGGCAUCUCACCUCAGUCCCUGCUGUCAGAUUAUUGUUGUGCUUCUGUGUUGCACACUGUGUUGUUGUAAUAUUUCAUGUAGAAAUGAAGCUGGCGAGCCUGUUGACUGGUGAGUUGAUCUAAGACAAUAUAACAUCGGGAUCAGUAAAGUUUGAAUGAGAUAAUACAGUUGGGUUAUUGGUUAAUGUGCUUGGCGGAUAUAUGUGAAAUUACUAGAAUCAAUUAAGAAUAUACAGUUUAGAUAUUCUGUGUUGUAAUCUGAAGAAUUAAUUCCUCCUUUCCCUCAAGGUUUAUUGUUUACAAACUGCCGCUGUAUAAAAUUGGUAAGGUGGGUAGUGGAGUGGACUACAUGUACAUGGACUCCUCAACUGAAGGUUGGCAGAUGAGUAAAUUCACGGUUAACAUCAGUCAAGGAGCCCUCUGGAGCACACUGAACCAGCUCUACAUGGGAAAGACCUAUGAGGUGAGAGCACGUCUUUUCUUGAGGCAGGUUUUAAACACUGCUUCCUGUGUGUGCGCAGAUAGAGACUCUUUUGAUCAGAGCUGAAGCUGGAGCCAGUUUGUAGAGUAGACACUCUUGGGGAACUAAGCUGAAGCUGGACAUUAACAUGCUUCCCCAGUAACAAGUUUAAAAAGACUUCUGCAUGUCAGUUUAUUUGUCAUCAUUUGCAGUCAGGACUGGAUAAGAUACUGAAAAGACAGAAAAAAUGCUAAAGGUUAUUUUUAAAAGGUAGUUUGGCGCUGUGGAAAACAUGUUAGGUGACGUGAUAGAUCCCAUUUCCACCUUUAUGUGGAAAAUAUGAGUUUUAUAAAGGCACAUUGACAAGCUUGGCCAACCCUGUGCUGACUGGAGCUUCAUAUCUCCAGUAAAGAGACAGAUCCUUUCUGUGAACUCUUGCAAUGACGGCGAACAAGAUGAUCGCAUCUAAUAAAAAGUUGAUAGUGUAUUUUGUUUGUUCUUUUGACUUCAGACAUUCACCGUUAUGCGACUCCUAGAUUUAUGUGUUCUCAUUUCAUAGUGUUAUUUUUAUUUAUUUAAUUUUUAAGCUAAACAUUUAUACUUAAAUGUUAAUAGUCAAAGUAGAUAUGAUUUGUGAUGACAGAAAUUGUAUUUAAUAGCACGUGUGUACACAUGCUCUGUAAAAUUAAGGGUCCCUGGUGGGCCAUCCCUUUUUUCAAAAGUCUUGUUACACCCUUGUUUAUCAAGAUCUAAAAUAACUGAAAUAAACGUGUGAUUACAGGAAGAUAAAAGAGUAUGCAUGAAUAGAUGCCUUAUGGUUUUGCUCUGUAUGUAUAAGCUACUUUUUAUUUUUAGUCUAACAGCUCAGUCUACGCUCUCUACAACGAUGCUCCUCCAAACAUGGAUUACAUCCGCGGAUAUGGACACACUAAAGGUAAAGUUAAAUGAGAAUUUUUUUUUUUUUCUUCCCAAUUUAGAUAAAAUUUCUUUAGCCGGAUAUAUCAAAUUGUGCCAGAUGGAAAAGGUAACCCUAAAUAAUGUUAUUUACAUGUUGUGUCAUAAUAUCCAGAGACGACAGACACAUUUGUGACACACAGCUCAGUGUGAAGAAUAAAAGGGUUCAAAUUUGAGGUUAAAUUUACACUCUACAUUGUGGUGUAUGUAAAUAAAAUAAAUCUGAUGUUUUCAUCACAUAAUACAAUUAUUAAGCUCUGUCUGAACCUGUGUAACAGAACCUCCCAGACACUGAUGCUAUGAAAUUGCCAAAAGGAGGAAACGGGCAAAGAGCAUCUGUCUGAUAACAGUUGUUGACUUUAGAUUAUUGACUGUCCCAACAUGACAUACAUCAGUGUGUUUUCCUGUGGAUAUGAGUAUAGUUUAGUGUAUAUUUAGUGCUGUUUGUGUGGAUCCUGCAGGGGCCCUGCUCUUUGACCGAACUCAAGGUUUCUGGCUGACACACAGCGUUCCACACUUCCCCUCGUUCCCCGAGGAAGGCUACAUCUAUCCUUCCUCGGGCAAAUUCUUUGGCCAGACAGCCCUCUGUGUAACCUACCAGUAUGAACAGCUUCUCCGCAUUGGUGAGUGAAUGAUGCAACAAGGCCUUGAUCACUCCAGGUCUGUACAAGUCCCUGAUUUCAACUUACAAAAUUCUGUUUGCUAAAAAUAAGACAACAUUUGCACAGGGACCAGGUCUUAUGUAAGACUAUCAAUCCUCUCAGUAGAGAUAGACAUCACUGCAAACAUGACAAACAAUUAUAAGUAUCUGCUGGUUGGAGGGUUUAAGAGUUACUCUCACAGUAAGAUAACAGACUAAAAGAAACUGACGUGAUGUUAAAUAAUAUGAUGAAAUGACACAUUUUUAGACAAGAGGGAGGAAGUGUCCAAUUAGUAAAAUAUGAUUUAAAAAAAGAGACAUGCACAAUUUGAGCACUGCUAAUGAGCUUUUUCACCAAUAAGGUGUGCUUUUGCAGAAUUGGACUCUUCAAGAGUCAUGACAGCUAACACCAUUUGUCUAGUCGUACUUUUCUAUAUCCUCAAAUCCAUUUUACCUCUAUGGUUGGAAGCUCUUGUGAAACAGGUAUAGACUUAAGGAAACCAAAUUGCACACCAUCAAUCAUAAUGCAAAACAACAACAAAAAAUAAACAGACUCUUUGAGGACGUUGAUACUAUUUUUGUGCAACCAGCCUCGGGGGUGACUUUAUUUACCGUCACAGGUGUUAGAUAAAUAACAAGAAAAACAAACAAACCAUGUAAAUAAUGUAGAAAAAUGUGUGAACUUCCAUAUAUCUACCACUUAAGUUAAGUAGGUUUUAAGUUGUCCAUCAGCAAAACAAUUUAGUCAGAUUAUAGAAGAGGAAACGUGAUUUUUAUAAUAAUUUCCUUUCACUCUUUAAGGUUUGCUAUUCAUGUCAAAGCCUGUGUUUGGUUUCCUUUACACAGAGUAUUUCCUCUCUCUCUUGAAUCUGCAGCACAGCAGAUGGCAUACAUCUACCCACGUUUCUAUAAUUGCUCUGUUCCUGAUGCAUUUGUUGCCGACCUGCUGCAGCUGGCUCAGAUAUGUGGUGGCACUAAACCACCACUUUUUUCAGACAAGAGAGUGGAGCAUCUUUCCUCAGUGGGCGGGGAGAAGUUCAUCAGUUUUGUUAAAUCUGAACGCUUUGUAGACGGUGAGAUACAGUUGUGUAUGGUUGGAUGUUUCUGUUUUACUUGUUUUGAUUAUUUGAGAAGAUGGGGGUAACAAGACCACUAUUGGUACUUUACUUUCAUGGGGAAUCUUUGAGAAAAAAACUUUUUUAAGAGCUUAAAAUUUCACAGACUGUCGACACACCUUGCUUAUGAGCCACCAUCAGUCAUUAUCAGCCACAAACACUCAAAAGUAUUUAGGCACACCCCACUCAAGGCUUUCUGAAGUACUCUCUCCUCUCAGUUUUUGUAGGUCACUGAUCUUAUCUGAUCUAAAGAUAAUAAGCCCAGAGUAUCAAGGCUGUAUUUUUAAUAAAGGCUGUUUUUGUUAUCUUAUUUGAAGCAGCAUUGCUAUGACUCUUAAUGAGGGAAUUUCAAGGAACAUGAAAUUGCUAGAACAAAAUUAAUCAUAACUUAGCAUCUGCUUUUUCUAUCUUUAAUAUUUCAUCUCAGUGAGCUGAACUAAUCCCCCUCAAUGGUCCCUCUUUCAGACAUCUACACGGGCUGGGUGGCUCAGGCCCUUGACGCUGACCUGCUGGUAGAGACGUGGCAGAGAGUGGGUCACGAGCUGCCCUCAAACUGCUCCCUGCCCAAACACGCCAUGAACAUCAAGAGAAUCAAGCUACCUUGGUCGGACCAGUUUAAGUCCAGCUACGACCACUCAAAGUGGUGUGUGUCACAGGCCUAUGAGGACCAGGUGACCUGCCUGGGGGAUCUGAACAGGGAAAAGGCCCAGAUGUGGCGAGGGGGCGGUCUAGUGUGCUCCUUUAACCCCUUGAUUUAUAAGGCCUUCAGACAAGCGGUGGACCAUUUCAUCAGCUGUUGAAUAAUAGCAAAGCUGCCUAUAAUCUGCCUAUCACUUUUUAUUAUUGCCUCUUAUAUUUAAGAAACUACAAUCUUAAUCAAAAACAAACUUACAAAACUCCUGUGAGGAACUUUCUGUCUGUGUUGAUUUUGGCACUUCUGUGGACCAAGCGGUAACUUGUCCAUGUUGCUCAUUUCAUGUUGUCCUUGAGAUAGUUGUGUUGAUUGACAAUAAAGGUUCCAUUUUUGUCCUUUGACA